AUGAUUCUACGGCACGCUCUCUGCAGGAGCGCCUACGCUUUCAGAGCUUCAAAGACACCACUUGGAGCGAGGAGAUGGCUAUCCAGCUCGCCACAGGAUGGCCUCUCAAGGCCCGUCCAGUCCUACAUCUCGUCAUCCAAUGACCCCUAUCUCAACCUCUCCAUCGAACACUACCUUCUACAGAACGCCGCUCAGGAAUCCGCCAUCCUCUUCCUCUAUGUCAACAGGCCGAGCAUCAUCAUUGGCAGAAAUCAGAAUCCAUGGUUGGAGGCCAAUCUAGCUUUGCUUAAUUCAUCGCCUGACUCGCCCGAGACGGAACCUCCUGGCCUGGGGGCAGUGGACCUGGUGCGGCGGCGCAGUGGAGGGGGCACUGUGUUCCAUGACUCAGGCAAUGUCAACUGGACGGUCAUAUGUCCAUCUGCUAGCUUUACCCGAGACAAGCAUGCAGAGAUGGUUGUGCGGGCGUUGCGAGAUUGUGGCAUCGACAGAGCCCGAGUGAAUGCACGCCAUGAUAUUGUAUUGGAUCAGGGAAGUCGCGGUGCAGACAUUGAUCCGUCUGACACACACAGCACUCCAUACGAGGCCACCGACUUCGAUACACCAAAGCCUUUGAAGGUCUCUGGCUCCGCGUACAAGCUGACUCGCAACCGGGCAUUACACCACGGAACCUGCUUGCUGUCGAGCCCGAACUUGAACAUCAUACCGGACUACCUUCAUUCACCAGCAAAGCCUUUCAUCACGGCACGUGGAGUUGAAAGUGUCAGUUCGCCGGUCGGAAACAUCUUGUUGAGCAACGCGGACUUUAUUCGUGCCGUUCAAGCCAGAUUUGCAAAGCAUUAUGAGCAACAGAGUCUUGACACUAUCGAUGUCGAGGACGAGUGGCUAGAAAUUAGCAGUGUUCGAAAAGGCUAUGAUGAGUUGCAGUCCCUGGAGUGGAAAUACCUUCAGACGCCACAAUUCACAAUCUCGACCAAAGAGCAAGUCGAAGGAGUCAACAUGGAGCUCACAGUACGCUACGGUGCCAUUACGAACGGCUCGAUUACCUUCAACAAUGGAGGUUCCACAUCGACCUUCGAGCUGCCUGGAGCAGUCGUCGGACUCAAGCUGCAUGAACUAUCUUCCUGGGAGGGCGACUUCUGCUCUCCACUCGAAGGACUUGGCCCAGUCGAAAAGAUGAAGCUUGCAAAUUGGCUUCAUAAGAUGUUGCCAGUGACGCCAUGA